GGAGGGUUCUUCCGGAAGGUUCGGGAGGCUUCUGGAAAACGCGCCGCGCGCUGGGCGGGCCCGCUGCUAUAUAAGGGAGGCGCGGGGGGCGGCGCGCCAGUUGCUCAAGCGUCUCGUUGCUGUGGUCCGUGUGCGGUCUGUCCACCAGCCAGCCAAGAUGCCUGAGGAAACCCAGACCCAAGACCAACCCAUGGAGGAGGAGGAGGUGGAGACUUUCGCCUUUCAGGCUGAAAUUGCCCAGUUGAUGUCAUUGAUCAUCAAUACUUUCUAUUCGAACAAAGAGAUCUUUCUGAGGGAGCUAAUUUCAAAUUCAUCAGAUGCUCUGGAUAAAAUCAGAUAUGAAAGCCUGACUGAUCCCAGUAAACUUGACUCUGGGAAAGAGCUGCACAUUAAUCUCAUUCCCAACAAGCAAGAUAGAACCCUCACUAUCGUGGACACUGGGAUUGGAAUGACCAAGGCUGACCUGAUCAAUAAUCUCGGCACUAUUGCCAAGUCUGGAACCAAAGCCUUCAUGGAGGCUCUGCAGGCCGGCGCAGACAUUUCCAUGAUUGGCCAGUUCGGUGUGGGCUUCUAUUCUGCCUACUUGGUCGCUGAGAAGGUGACUGUGAUCACCAAGCAUAAUGACGAUGAGCAGUACGCCUGGGAAUCCUCAGCAGGGGGCUCGUUCACAGUGAGAACUGACACAGGGGAACCAAUGGGUCGUGGAACAAAGGUUAUCCUGCAUCUGAAAGAAGACCAAACUGAGUACUUGGAAGAGAGAAGAAUAAAGGAGAUUGUGAAGAAACAUUCGCAGUUUAUUGGCUAUCCUAUUACUCUCUUUGUGGAGAAGGAACGUGAUAAAGAAGUAAGUGAUGAUGAAGCUGAAGAAAAGGAGGAAAAGGAGGAGGAAAAAGAAGAAAAGGAAUCUGAAGAUAAACCUGAAAUAGAAGAUGUUGGUUCUGAUGAAGAAGAAGAAGAAAAGAAGGAUGGUGAUAAGAAGAAGAAGAAGAAGAUUAAGGAGAAGUACAUUGAUCAAGAAGAACUCAACAAAACGAAGCCUAUUUGGACCAGAAAUCCUGAUGAUAUUACUAAUGAAGAGUAUGGCGAAUUCUACAAGAGCCUAACCAAUGAUUGGGAGGAGCACUUGGCAGUGAAGCAUUUUUCUGUUGAAGGACAGUUGGAAUUUCGAGCUCUUCUUUUUGUCCCAAGGCGUGCUCCUUUUGAUCUGUUUGAAAACAGAAAGAAAAAGAACAACAUUAAGUUGUAUGUACGCAGAGUUUUCAUCAUGGAUAACUGUGAGGAGUUAAUCCCUGAGUAUCUGAAUUUUAUUAGAGGAGUGGUGGACUCGGAGGAUCUCCCUCUAAACAUUUCCCGAGAAAUGUUGCAACAAAGCAAAAUUUUGAAAGUUAUCAGGAAGAAUUUGGUCAAAAAGUGCUUAGAACUGUUCACUGAAUUGGCAGAGGAUAAAGAGAACUACAAGAAGUUUUAUGAGCAGUUCUCCAAAAAUAUAAAGCUUGGAAUUCAUGAAGAUUCUCAGAAUCGGAAGAAGCUGUCCGAGCUGUUGAGGUACUAUACAUCUGCUUCUGGGGAUGAGAUGGUUUCUCUCAAGGACUAUUGCACCAGAAUGAAGGAAAACCAGAAACACAUCUAUUUUAUCACAGGUGAGACCAAGGACCAGGUAGCUAACUCAGCCUUUGUGGAACGUCUCCGAAAACAUGGCUUGGAAGUGAUCUAUAUGAUUGAGCCCAUUGAUGAGUACUGUGUCCAACAGCUAAAGGAAUUUGAGGGGAAGACUUUAGUGUCAGUCACCAAAGAGGGCUUGGAACUUCCAGAAGAUGAAGAGGAGAAAAAGAAGCAGGAAGAGAAAAAGACAAAGUUUGAAAACCUCUGCAAAAUUAUGAAAGACAUCUUGGAGAAAAAGGUUGAAAAGGUGGUUGUGUCAAACCGCUUGGUGACGUCCCCGUGCUGCAUUGUCACAAGCACCUAUGGGUGGACCGCAAACAUGGAAAGAAUCAUGAAAGCUCAAGCCCUGAGAGACAACUCAACAAUGGGUUAUAUGGCAGCAAAAAAACAUUUGGAAAUAAACCCUGACCACUCCAUUAUUGAGACCUUGAGGCAAAAGGCAGAGGCUGACAAGAAUGACAAGUCUGUGAAGGAUCUGGUCAUCUUACUGUAUGAAACUGCGCUUCUGUCUUCUGGCUUCAGUCUGGAAGAUCCCCAGACACAUGCCAACAGGAUCUACAGGAUGAUCAAACUUGGUCUAGGUAUUGAUGAGGAUGAUCCCACUGCGGAUGAUACCAGUGCUGCUGUGACUGAAGAAAUGCCUCCCCUUGAAGGGGAGGACGACACGUCGCGCAUGGAAGAAGUUGACUAGGCUUCACCAGAAGAGCCACUACCUACCACUACCCCUUACUCAGUACUCACUUCAUUCCUUCCAAAUAUGUAUUUCCAGGACUUUAUUUUUGUUGACAUUUUAAAAAUAUGGCAUGAUAACUUAAGCCGUUAAGUGAUACUGUGAUAUCAUAGACAGCAAAACUAGUAAUGCUUUUUCUAGUUUCACCUUGGCUUGUUUUAACAGGUUGAUAGAACGUUUGUUGUAAGACGUAACCUAUAUGUGGUCUGAAGUGUUUAGCUAUAUAAGCUGGAUUCCAUAGUAGACCAAAUCUUUUGUCACUCGUGUUCCGAAAUAGAUACCUUGAUGUUGAAAAGAAAUUUUGGUUAAAAGUUUGUUUUGUCUUGUAGCAUUCACUUUGUUUUCCAUCCCUCGUAGUUAAUUUUGCAUGUGCUAGUCCUUUAGAACUAGGAUUAAGCUGGAACUUAAAGGGAAGGAUUCUCUGCAGGGCUUGUUUUCCAAAGUACUGAAGAAAAAAAUUGUAAGCUUCCCUAGGUCUUUGUAAUGCCAGUUGAAGAGUAACUCAGCAAGGCUUGUCACAAUUUGCUUUAAAAGGUAAAUACAGAUGAAAGUUAAAAAGUAAA